AUGGCACCACGAGAGAAAAAAAGCGAGCGAAGCAAACAACCGCGAAGGAAGGGAUCGGGGGAAGUCGUAGCUGACGGUGGCAAGCUCCUUCACGCGAACGCGGUUGACGUUGAUGUGUUUGGAUCUCCCGGCGAGAGUCCGCAGAGGAGCCCGUCAGACACGACAAAGGACAAGGGAGGGGAAGAGCGUGCAGCCAGUUGGGUAGAGACGGAUGCAUUCGGAGAUGCAGAAGCCGUGGCGAAGCCAAGACGCAUUGGCGUUACGCUAGCCAAGACAGAAGGAGCAAACGAUGAAGGGAACAAGGAGGAGGGUGCUAUGAAGGAAAAGGAGGAGGAGCACAAGAAGGAGGAUGAUGCUACAAAGGAAAAGGAGGAGGAGGAGCAAAAGAAGGAUGUGGAUACGAAGGCAAACGACAAGCAGGGGGAUGUGGAUACGAAGGCAAACGACAAGAAGGGGGAUGAUGCUAUAAAGGAAAAGGAGGAGGAGCAAAAGAAGGAUGUGGAUAUGAAGGCACACGAUGAAGGGAACAAGAAGGGGGAUGUGGAUAUGAAGGCAAAGGAGGAGGAGCACAAGAAGGAGGAUGAUGCUACAAAGGAAAAGGAGGAGGAGGAGCAAAAGAAGGAUGUGGAUAUGAAGGCAAAGGAGGAGGAGCACAAGAAGGAGGAUGAUGCUACAAAGGAAAAGGAGGAGGAGGAGCAAAAGAAGGAUGUGGAUACGAAGGCAAACGACAAGCAGGGGGAUGUGGAUACGAAGGCAAACGACAAGAAGGGGGAUGAUGCUAUAAAGGAAAAGGAGGAGGAGCAAAAGAAGGAUGUGGAAAUGAAGGCACACGAUGAAGGGAACAAGAAGGGGGAUGUGGAUAUGAAGGCAAAGGAGGAGGAGCACAAGAAGGAGGAUGAUGCUACAAAGGAAAAGGAGGAGGAGGAGCAAAAGAAGGAUGUGGAUAUGAAGGCAAACGAUGAAGGGAACAAGAAGGGGGAUGUGGAUAUGAAGGCAAAGGAGGAGGAGCACAAGAAGGGGGAUGUGGAUAUGACACGAAAGGAGGUAAGGGAGAAGACCCUCGGUGAGAGGACGGAGACGAGUUUAACGCGUGAAACAGAUGGGCCAGCGAAGGAUGUUGAGACAGCUGCAUCAGAGGCAGAGCGGGCAGAAGGAGAAGCCGCGAGACAGAUACAAGCAGCUGAAGUCGCUUCAGAGGAAGCGCGUGAGGCCGAGCAGGCACUGGCGAAAUCCAUUUCGCGAGCACAGGAAUUGCAAAGUGAAUUGCGCGCUGCGCCGGAGGACAAGAGCAAAGAAGAGGUGUCGGAGCGUGUGAAAGAAGCAAGGGACGCCCUGAAGGCAGCAAAAAAUGAGGCGGAACAGAAGGCGGUUGGCGAUGUGAAGGCGAUCGAAGCUGCGGAGAGCGCUGCAGCUACAGCAGCCAAGGCAGAACUGGAAGACGAACUCGCGAAAUCAAAUGGAGCUUCUCCAGCCGACGAGGCACCCACAUUCCAGAUUCGAGUGAGUCCUGCAUCUUCUCCGGAGGGUGCCGGCGAAAAGGCACCAGUAUCAGAAGCCCUCUUGAAAGCCAUGGCCGCAGUGGGUUUAGACGCCUCACAGACUCGAGACUAUCUGAAGGCUGUGGAAGAAGAAGCCGCGAGUGCUGCUGCGGAAGGCAAAGACUCGAGGUAUGAAGGACUAGCAUCCUCGCACAAGGUCGUGGCGCGCCUAGAAGGGAAUCAAGAGCAAGUAAGGCUCAUGGAGAGCCGUUUUCAAGAAGAGGUGGCUGUGCUGCGAGAGAAGUUUGACAGGCUGAUGGAACCGAUUUUUGAAGAGCGUGCUGCUAUUCUGAGUGCGUGCCCAGAAGAAGAGACACCGGGAAGUGCCGGUGAUUCUUCUCGGAAUGACAGUCUGCCUGUGGGCACUCGGGCCCUUCCAGGAUUUUGGCUGCGAGCAUUCGAAAACAACCGCCUUCUGUCGUCCAUGUUAGGCGGCAGCGACAAACCACUCCUUCUGUACCUGCGAAACAUCAGGCGAGUGCUAAACAAAGACAAGGAGGACGGCUUUUCCUUAGUUUUCGAGUUCGGGGAGAAUCCAUUCUUCACGCCGUGUACUCUUACAAAGACCUUCAAAAUGAAGCAAGACGAGGAUGGCUACAUUGUUUCCAAAACCGUCGGGACUCCCAUCAUGUGGAAUGAAAACAUGGAUGUGACAAAAAGCGUGGUCGUCCGCAAGCAACGCAAUGUGCGGACCAAAGGUGUGAGGACUAUUCACGAGGAAAAGCAAGAAAAGAGUUUUUUCUUGUUCUUUAAUGACAGUGUGGUUCCAGAAGAUGACGAAUUGGAUGCAAUGAGCGAGGCGGAGCAAAGCGCGAUUCUCGACAAACUAAAGCUGGAGUACGACGCAGGAGUGACAUUGAGAGACCUCAUAAUACCGUAUGCCAUGGACUGGUACUUAGGAACAGCUGUUGACACUCUGGGCUACGACGACGACGAACCUGAAACCGUGCAGAACACGGAAGUUGACAACGACUCUGGUCGACGAAAAGAAGAUGUACGGCAAGAAGAAGACGGUGGUAUUGCGUCGUGGUUUGGUUUCUAA